AAACUAGAGCUCUGUGAUUGACAGUUUCGCGUGCGGUCCAUUUUCCCUGAAAAAAAUAAAUAAUGUGUAAUUACUAACUGAAAACCGGCAUAGCUAUUUAAACAUUCACCUGCCAUGGCCAGUAACGUCUACCAAGCCAACAUCGUCACAGAGAACGGCGAUAGUUUCAUUCCAGCCAGCCAAAGGCCAGAUGGUACUUGGAGGAAAGCGAGGAGGGUUAAAGAGGGAUACGUGCCGCAGGAGGAAGUGCCACUUUAUGAGAGCAAGGGGAAACAAUUCAUGAAUAGGAAGCCUGAACCUGUCAAGUUGCCCACUGGUCAAACUGCCCAAAGGCCCAUUCCAGGUCUUUUCAUUUUAGAUGAAAAGGAUAAGAAACAACCCAAGAAAAAAACUAAAUCCAAAGUGGAUGAAAUCACAGUACAACUCCAGAACACCAAAGUGACAGAAAAGUCCAACAAGUCCAUUGAGAAAAUUGCUCAAAAGUCGUCCGAAAAAAGCUCACAGGCAUUCACAGAUUCUAAUAAGUCUGAUGAAAUUCCUUUGGAAAAGAAGCUCAAGAAUUUAAAAAAGAAGGUCAGAGAGAUAGAGGCUUUGGAAGAGAAGAUUGCUAACAAUCAAAUUGCCAAACCCGAACCUGAACAACUGGUCAAAGUAAAGAGGAAGAACGAUUUGUUAGUACAAAUCCACCAGUUGGAAAAACAAAUGAAGUAGUUUUGCCAUAUACAUAGUGAUUUCUUAUUAAAUCAAUUUUAAUUUUUUAUAUACUGUACUGUAUAUAUUUCUUGGUAAUUUUAUUGUAUUUCUAAUUGAAACUUACUUUAUAAGUGAUUGUUUUAAGAUUAUAUAUUGCGUGAAACGAUUUUUAUCAAAUGUACAGUUUGAAUUGAAAGAAUAAAUAAUUAUAAUUGUUCACAUUUA